GCACCGGGGCCGCCGUUAACGAACCGGGGGCGGAGCGGCGCGCGGCGGGGCCGGAGGGGCCGCGGGGCAGCCCCGGCCCGUCCUGUCCGUCCCGGAUCCGGCAGCGGCAGCGCCCGACGGGGCUAUUGCGGGUGUCCGGCUCCACUCCUCCGCUCGGUACCGGGGAACCGGCACACGGCACACGGCGGUGGCAAUGGACGGCGGAGCGGCGGCAUGAGGCGGCGGGGAGCAUGGCGGCGGCGGGCGGCGGCGGGGCGCGGCGGGGGCUGCUGAAGCGGAAGCCGAACUUCACGCUGCAGGAGCUGGAGGUGCUGAUGAGCGAAGUGCUCCGGUACGAGCCGCUGCUGUUCGGCGCCGCCGCCGGUACCGUGAACGCAUACGAGAAGCAGAAGAUCUGGUGGCGGAUCACGCAUAAGGUGAACGCCGCCGGCCGCCACCAGCGCGACAUCGGCGAGGUGAAGAACCGCUGGCGGGGGCUACGCCGCCGCGCCGGGGACAAGAUCAGCCGGCACCGGCUGGAGCGGCAGGGCCCGAACGGCAGGGCCGCCGCCAGGAACGGGAACACCGGGAGCACCGGGAAUAACGGGAGCAACGGCAACGGCGGGGCCGAGUCCGGCCCGGGGCCCGCCCCCGCCCCCGUCUGGUGUCCUCGCGGCGCCGCCGGAACCGACCCUCCGAUGCGCAGCGCCGAAGGGUCGGCACAGCACGGUGAAUGUGUCAAGGAGCCGGUGAAGGAGGAGCCUGUGGAGGUGAAGACUGAGCCCUUCCACGGCCCCGCUGCCGACGGCAUUGCCGGCCGCGGCUCAGACUGUCGGCUGCCCCGCACCGGCAUCUGCCCGCCCAGCGAGCUGUGCGAGGGCUGGAGCCGGAGCCCCCCGCGCUCCGCACCCUCCGAACUCUCCCUCGGCGACCUCCGCGGCCAGCAGGAGCCGCUGGGCUCCGACUUCCCGAGCCUGCUGUUGGAUCCGGAGGCCGAGCAGCUCAGUCACUGCGGCGGCGGGCGAGGCGGGGCCCCCCGGGCCGGCGGGGCUGGACGGGGACCCCCGAGUGCCCCCAGAUCAGCCUCGUGCAGUCCAGUGAGCGGCUGGUGCAGGAGAUGCGGGGCGUUCCGCCGGGAAUACGCCGAGAGCCGUCGGGAGACCACGGCGGUGCUGCGCGGCAUCGCCCAGGCACUCGGCGUGCUCAGUCGCAGCCUGGCCGAAAUCCGUGACCUCUACCUCCGGGAGCGGGGGGUCCACAAAUCAUAAGCCUCCCACGCAGCUGGCUGUGUACACACACCCCUCCGCCGAGAACCCACGACGCUGCUUUUAUUAUUAUUUUUAUUAUUAUUUCUUUUCCUCUCCAUCCCACUUCAAUAAAACUCGGAGCUGCA